UUCCAGGCUCUCCAUCAGCUGUAUUACGACCCAAACAUCGAGAACAAGAACUUGGCUCAGAAAUGGCUCAUGCAGGCGCAGGUCUCCCCCCAGGCGUGGCACUUCAGCUGGCUGCUUCUCAACAUGGACAAGGUGCCCGAGAUCCAGUACUUCGGUGCCAGUGCUCUCCACAUUAAAAUCUCCCGUUACUGGAACGACAUCCCGGCCGACCAGUACGAGAGCCUCAAGUCACAGCUCUUCACCCACAUCACCCGCUUUGCCAGUGGCUCCAAGAUCGUGCUGACCCGGCUGUGUGUGGCACUGGCCUCCCUGGCCCUCAGCAUGAUGCCGGAGGCUUGGCCCUGCGCCGUGGCCGACCUGGGGCUGCCGCAGUACCGCAAGGGCCAGGUACGCAGUGUCCUGGCGCAGGAGUGCGGCUCCGUCUUCCCUUUGCUGGAGCAGCUGCUGCAGCAGCAGGACUCCCCAGGUUUCAUCAAGCAGAAGGUGUUGAAGUGCUUCUCCAGCUGGGUGCAGCUGGAGAUCCCACUGAUGGACUGUGAAAACCUGAUCCAGGCAGCUUUCACCUCUCUGCAGGACCCGGAGCUCUUCGACACAGCGGUGGAGGCUGUUGUCAAUGCCAUUUCCCAGCCCGAUGCGCAGAGGUAUGUGAACACCCUCCUGAAGCUCAUCCCCCCCGUGCUGGGGCUCCAAGAGCAGCUACGCCAGGCGGUCCAGAGUGGGGACAUGGAGACGUCGCAUGGGAUCUGCCGCAUCGCUGUGGCCUUGGGGGAGAACCACUCCCGGGCCCUCCUGGACCAGGUGGAGCACUGGCAGAGCUUCCUGGCCCUGGUCAACAUGAUCAUGUUCUGCACCGGCAUCCCCGGGCACUAUCCCGUCAACGAAACCACCAGCUCCUUGACGCUCACCUUCUGGUACACGCUGCAGGACGACAUCCUCUCCUUCGAGCCGGACAAGCAGGCGGUGUACCAGCAGGUCUACAGGCCUGUCUACUUCCAGCUGGUGGAUGUGCUGCUGCACAAAGCCCAGUUCCCCUCCGAUGAGGAAUAUGGCUUCUGGUCUUCGGAUGAGAAGGAGCAGUUUCGGAUAUACAGGGUGGACAUCUCUGAUACGCUGAUGUAUGUGUAUGAGAUGCUGGGUGCUGAGCUCUUGAGCAGCCUCUAUGACAAACUGGGACGUCUCCUGACCAACACAGAGCAGCCGUCCACGUGGCAGCACACGGAGGCCUUGCUCUACGGCUUCCAGUCCAUCGCUGAGACCAUCGAUGUGAACUACUCCGAUGUGGUGCCGGGGCUGAUCGGCCUCAUUCCCCGGAUCAGCAUCAGCAACGUGCAGCUCGCUGACACCGUCAUGUUCACUAUCGGGGCCCUGUCGGAGUGGCUGGCUGAUCACCCCGUCAUGAUUAACAACGUGCUGCCGCUGGUGCUCCAAGCCUUGGGCAACCCUGAGCUCUCCAUCUCUAGUGUCUCCACCCUGAAGAAGAUCUGCCGGGAGUGCAAGUACGACCUGCCGCCCUAUGCCGCCAACAUUGUUGCUGUGUCGCAGGAGGUGUUGAUGAAGCAGAUUCACAAGACAAGCCAGUGCAUGUGGCUUAUGCAGGCUCUUGGUUUCCUGCUCUCUGCGCUGCAAGUGGAGGAGAUCCUGAAGAACCUGCACUCCCUGAUCACCCCUUACAUCCAGCAGCUGGAAAAGCUGGCUGACGAAACGCCCAAUCCCUCCAACAAGCUGGCUAUCAUCCACAUCCUGGGCCUGCUCUCCAACUUGUUCACCACCCUAGACAUCAGCCACCACGAUGAUGACCACGAAAGCACCGAGGUCAAGAAGCUGCCAGUGCAGCAAGGACCCAACCCAGUGGUGGUCGUUCUGCAGCAAGUCUUCCAGCUCAUACAGAAGGUUCUCAGCAAGUGGCUGAAUGAUGCCCAGGUGGUAGAGUCCGUCUGUGCCAUCUUUGAGAAGUCCGUGAAGACCCUCCUGGAUGAUUUUGCCCCCAUGGUGCCUCAGCUGUGCGAGAUGCUGGGGCAGAUGUACAGCACCAUCCCCCAGGCCUCUGCCAUCGACCUCACCCGGCAGCUGGUUCACAUCUUUGCCCAUGAGCCUGCCCACUUCCCUCCCAUCAAGGCCCUCUUCUUGCUCGUUACCUCAGUCACGCUGACCCUCUUCCAGCAAGGGCCCAGGGAUCAUCCUGAUAUUGUUGAUUCAUUUAUGCAACUCCUGGCACAGGCUCUGAAAAGGAAGCCAGACCUCUUCCUGUGUAGCAACCUGGAUGUCAAAGCAGUGUUUCAGUGUGGUGUCCUUUCGCUCAAGUUCCCUGAGGCCCCAACGGUGAAAGCAUCCUGUGGCUUUUUUACGGAGCUGCUGCCCCGCUGCGGAGAGAUCGCUCCGGUGGGACAGGUCGUGCAUGAGAACGGCAAAGUGCUGCUGCAGGCAGUGCUGGAGGGUGUCGGUGGCCAGGCCUCCCGCAGCCUCAUGGAUCACUUCGCAGAAAUCCUCUUUGCCUUGAACAAGCACUGCUUCAGCUACCUGAGCAUCUGGAUCAAGGAGGCCAUGCAGCAGGACAGCUUCCCCUCGGCCCGUGUCAGUCCCGAGCAGAAGGAGACCUUCAGCCAGCAGAUCCUCAGAGAGCGUGUGAACAAGCGGCGAGUGAAGGAGAUGGUGAAGGAGUUCACCCUGCUGUGCCGAGGGCUGCAUGGCACGGAGUACACAGCAGACUACUGAGCACCUGGCCAGGACCGCGGACAAUUUGCCUGGACGAGCUCUUCCCUGCAAGGAAGCCCCCCCAUCCUCCCUGCCCUGCUGCAGUACGGCUCGUAGAAUAACCCUCCACCUAGAAUUAACCCACUCGGGACGCUCCUCAGCUAGAUUUGGUGGCCGCAUCUCGUGUCAGCAUCUUUGUUCCCCCCAGCAUGCUCCCCCCUCGCAGGGGACGGGAGUGCCGGCUGCAGGAGGCGGCAGUGGGGAGGGGGAGGCCUGGGCAGGACUGCCCCAGCACAGGCUGUCCCAUGCCCAGGCUACCUGCCCUUCCCUGGCACUUCCCCUUCCCGUGGGUGCCCGUGCGCUGCGGCGGGGAUGCUGCCCCUGUGCCUGCGGCAGUGGCUGGCUGGGCGGGGGGGCUCGCCCCCUGCUCGUUUGUACGUGUGUGGUUGGGAGGGGGGAGGCCCUGCACCUAAUUAUAUUAAGAAUAUUUCUAUGUUGUGGCUGUCGUUA